CGUGGCAUAAGGCGGAGAAUUAGCGAAUAGGCCUGAGCAAACGACACCAACAUCUAUUCACAGGGGUCAGUGCACUCCCCAACUUCCGGAACUCUUACGGUGCAGCCAUUUUGAAUUGCUACUCCAUAAAUCAAUUAGUCCGCGUACGUGUAGAGGUUGAAACGACACAGACGAAACUUGACCGCAUUCGGGAAACAUCGGAGCCAACUUCGUCAAACAUCGUCAAAGUGUAGUCAACGCCGCGUGGUUUCGGAAGCUCAUUGAGGACAAUUCUACGUUGACACGAGGUAUUUGAUCACUUGACAGCGAAACGUUCCAGAGGUUGUGUUGUGCGGCGCGCCACUUGAAAACAGCACGCGCAGACGAUCGUCGAUCAUAAAUUCAGGACGUAGGUUGGAAAGGAUUUCAUUACGAGUCGCCGAUAUUGAUAUCCGGCGGCGUUCCGAGAUUAAUAAAGCAGGGCAGAUUAAGAGGUACCAAUUGAAAAGGCCGAUUCAUAGCUGACUAAUUAUCAUUUGUGGAUCGUCCUCGGAAAUAUUGAUAUAAACUUGGUGUCCGUUUCGGGUUCGGGUAUUCGUUUCAAGGAAUCUUAUCUGGAUACUGGGAGAAAAUAUUGGCUUUUUGAGAAGGAUAUUUUGAAUUUGGAUUUGGCAGGACGUUUUGAAGACUCAUUAUGAAGGCUGCUUUAUGCUUUUGUGUGCUGAUGACGGCGUUCUCGGCUGCUGUUGGAAAUCCUGCUAAGAAAUGGGGACUAUUUUCACGACAUUACAGAUCAGGAAGACCAACAGAAUUAGCAAGAUGCAUAGACCAAGUACAAGUGGAAGGAACAUAUAGAUAUAUCUCAACAGGGGAGUCCGACCCCGGUCUCUGCUCCAUUUACAUUCUAAGCCCUCCAGAUAAAAUCAUAGAGAUAGAUGUCCAGGAGAUGAACAUAGACUGCAAUGGCGGACUAAUAGGGUUAUUAGAUGGAUGGGAGUUAAACCAAGAAGUCUUUCCCGGCUGGUUGGACGGAUCCAAAUCAAGAGAAGAGCGGCUGAAGUUCUUCUGCGGAGAGUCAGGGCCAAGCAAACCAGUCGUGUCCAGUCAGAACUUGAUUAACAUUAAGCACAGGAUACCAAAUCUUGGGGAGGGGUUCACUUUUACUGUCAGGUUUAUUGAUAACCCAGAACCUUGUAACGUGCUCCUGAUGGAGCCCACGGGAGCCUACACCCUGCAGAACUUCGGCAAGGCCCGCAACUGCUCUGUAUCCAUACUCCACCCUGAGAAGGUGAACAUCCUCGGUGUCGACAUUGGGUCAACGAUUGACGGGAAGCACCACAAGAGCAUGGGUGUCCGUAGGCAGUGCAUGGAGAGUGGUGAGAGGGACUAUGCUGAGUUCCUGUUCGGGUCUGGCAUGCAGCCCGACUACAUGAGGCUGGGAGACAAUGAUAUGUGCGGUACAAAACACGAAGUUGGCUCACUCAUCCUGCUCCCUUGCGGCUACUCAGUGGUACGUCUGGUCUCCAGCGGUCAAUAUGUCAACUCCAUCAGUUUUCGGUUCGACAGAGUUACGGAUGAUGAGUUUGUCGAACUCGCCGCAAUGGGACACACCUUCCAGUGCUGAGCAGGUGAUUUCUUCCCGAAACGAAGACAAGUAGCAGAGAGAUUAUUUUACAUUUUUGACAGGUCACGUGAUAAGGCAACCAAUUCGGCAAUGCGAAGGCAACCAAUUAAGUUACAGAUGGAAAGAAUCACGAUGUGAUUGGACGUGUUGUACCGUGUUGACAAUUACAGGUGUAUCGGCAUGGUUCAGUACGCCGUGGAUUGGAGACUUGAGGCCAAAUGCGUGAUUUUUUAACAUUGACAACGGCCGUCGGCAUCAUGUCGGCCAAACUUCAGAGGACUAACCAAAUUCUGGAAUGGACUCGGCAGGCUUUUCAGAAAAGUUAAGACGUUUAGUUUGUGAUUAAGAACUCUCUGCAACAUUUUUGUGCCAGUUCAAUUUUAAUGUGGUGUUUUACUUUGAAAGAAAUUCGAAAAAUAUCGGAAAAAUCUCAUCAGUAUGGAAAGAAGACAGAGAAGAUUCGUGUUUUUCCGACUUUUUUUCGAUUAUAUUACAUCACGUGGUCAAGAAGUCAUAUUUACACACUCUUUGCGUUCGACAGUAGUUCAGUUAAAUAUGUAGACUGUGUGAUAGAGUCAGCAGUUCACUCGAAUUACCACUGCAGCCGAAUUCAAACUCAGACGCGUGACCUUUGGCGUUCGAACCAUGAUCACAACUUUGACGUCAACGCAAGCACUGUUUUUUUUCAUUGGCGUCUAUAGUUUGAUCACGCUUCGGACGCCGAUGGCCUUGCAUGGGAGGAUGAGUGCAGUUUCACUCGCCGGAAGAGUUAAGCUGCCUGGUCUGCGUUAUCUGACAAAGCCUGAUUCCUCUAAGCAGCAUCCUAGAGGUCACAGUCUAGGAGGAAUAUCAUCAGUUUUCGAACUCGGGAAUAUCGACCACUAAAAUGGAAAUACCUAUGCCGCUGGUCAGAGGUGUUCGUGUAGAGUCCCAGGAAUAUGAUGUCAUUACACGGUCAAAUCUAAUAGGUAUGGCUAAGGGGAUCAGAACGAAUUCAAAAUUCACUGCAUCUCGGUGUGUUUAGUGAACUGGUGAGGUAGUGACCUUCUGAGAGAAACGGACAUUGACAAGCUGAGAAAACUAUGGUCACGUGGUCUCUUUCUAGGCUAAUUAGUAAUCCAUAAUCGUUAUUUACAAAAGUUGUGAAACUCCUUUGUAUCCUCAGUGUAAAAGUUUGGUGCGAAAGCUGAAUAUGGUUAGUCGAUCACAUUAAAUCGGAUAUUUUAUUCUGAUACAGCCUGUGUUCGAAGCAGUGCCGACGUUGAAAUGAAUAAAGCCUUUUCACGAUUAUAAAAGUGUUC